AUGGUGGACAUGGGUGUUUGCAAGAGCAAGCCCUUGGACUUGGUGUUUAUCAUCGAUAGUUCUCGCAGUGUGCGGCCCCUGGAGUUCACCAAGGUGAAAACCUUUGUCUCCCAGAUAAUUGACACGCUGGACAUUGGGGCGGCGGACACACGGGUGGCGGUGGUGAACUAUGCUAGCACCGUGAAGAUUGAGUUCCACCUCCAGACCCACUCAGAUAAGCAAUCGCUGAAGCGGGCUGUGGCCCAGAUCACACCCUUGUCUACGGGCACCAUGUCAGGCCUGGCUAUCCAGACAGCGAUGGAUAAGGCCUUCACGGUGGAGGCAGGAGCUCGGGGGCCCACGUCCAACAUCCCGAAGGUGGCCAUCAUCGUGACAGAUGGGAGGCCUCAGGACCAGGUGAAUGAGGUGGCCGCCCGGGCCCGGGCGUCUGGUAUUGAGCUCUAUGCUGUGGGCGUGGACCGGGCAGACAUGGAGUCCCUCAAGAUGAUCGCCAGUGAACCCCUAGAUGAGCACGUUUUCUACGUGGAGACCUAUGGGGUCAUUGAGAAACUUUCCUCUAGAUUCCAGAAGACCUUUUGUGCUCUGGACCCAUGUGCUCUUGGCACACACCAGUGCCAGCAUGUGUGCGUCAGUGACGGGGAAGGCCGGCACCACUGUGAGUGUAGCCAAGGAUAUUCCCUGAACGCCGAUAUGAAGACAUGUUCAGCUAUCAAUAAGUGUGCUCUUAACACGCAUAACUGUGAGCACAUCUGUGUGAACGACAGAACUGGCUCUUAUCACUGUGAGUGCUAUGAAGGCUAUACCUUGAAUAAAGAUAAGAAGACAUGUUCAGCUCAAGAUCAAUGUGCUUUUGGUACACAUGGCUGUCAGCACAUUUGUGUGAAUGACGGAGGUUGGUCCCAUCACUGUGAAUGCUAUGAAGGUUACACUCUGAACGCAGAUAAUAAAACGUGUUCCGUUCUCAGCAAGUGUGCUCUGGGCUCUCACGGCUGCCAGCACGUCUGCGUGGACGACGGGCCGGCGGCCUAUCACUGCGACUGUUAUGCCGGCUACACCUUGAACAAGGACAGGAGGACGUGCUCAGCCAUUCAAGAAGCACGGAGACUCAUCUCCACAGACGACGCUUGUGGAUGUGAGGCCACUCUGGCAUUCCAGGAUAAGGUCAACUCAUAUCUGCAGAGACUGAACGCCAAACUUGAUGACAUUUUAGGGAAGCUGCAAGCAAAUUAAUCUGGACAAAUACAUCGUUAAAUUACUCAAAAUUUUCACCUGGAUACGGGGACAGCUUGGUGUGUUUUGUACUUUUGCAUACUUCAGUGUUCCUGCUAAUAAUUUGCCAUUGCACGUGCUUGAAUAUUACUGAGUAAAUAAAUAGCAUGAGGAUCUUCUAGAGAGUCAGUAUCAUUUUUUUAAGGAAAUAAACAUUCACAUCUUUAUGAGCAAACUUUAGUGUCUCUAAGCUAUGACUGUGAAAUGAUUGAUAGGAAAUGGAAUGAAAAGUUUAACAUUUCUUUAUUUACCACUUGGGCCAUUUAGUUUUUAAAUGUUUAUGUUACUAAGAUAACCAUACAUACAAUGGGAACUUUUGACUAUUUUCUUUUGAUAGUAGUAAUAAACCAGACUUAUUACUCAGAGUGUAAAUUGUAUGGAGUAUUUACACAUAAAAAAGUUCAUAUAAUUAAAUUGAGGUGAAUAUCAUUUCACUGUUUAACACUGUUUUUUGCUCUUUUUUCUGCUAGAGUAUUACUGAAGCUGUGAUCAGGGGGCUGUAAUACACAUAUCUAAAAAUAGAUCAAGUGAACAUUACAUGAAACAUUAUAAGAAACAUGUAACUAAAGAUUUUAGUUUUGAAUUAAAAGUAUUAUAACUUUCUACCAAGGACAAAAAAAUCCUACAUUAUCUUUACUGUUUUACUUUAGGAUCCAAUCAAUAAAACUAUAUAUUUCUAAUAUCACUCUA